UUUGUGCAGCGGCGCUGGGGCCCCGGACGGCCCCGCCACCCCCGCUCCCGGGAGCCCAGCGCGGCCCCGGGAGACUCGGCGGCCCCGGCGGGCCCCGGAGACGGCGGCGGCCACCGCACAGCGCCCCCUCCGGGCCCCGUCCCCGCGCCCGACAGCGCCCCCCGGAGGCGGCCGGGCCCCCGCGCGCGCGCGCCCCGGGGUGCUUCCCCUUCCCCUCUCCCGGGCCAUGGCCCCCGCGGCUUAGACGCCUCCGAGCAAGCCGCGGGCCGGAUGGACGGGGCCGGGGGGCCCGGUGAGGCCCCGGCCCCCGAGGCGCUGCAGUCCCUGAGCCGGCGGCUGCGCGUGCAGGAGGAGGAGAUGGAGCUGGUGAAGGCCGCCCUGGCAGAGGCGCUGCGCCAGCUGCGGCUGCAGGCGCCCCUCUCCUCCCCGCAGGGCGCCCCCAGCCCCGCGGCACCCCCAGGGCUGCCCGCACCGCGCACCCCCUCUUUGGUGAGCCGAGGCACCCAGACGGAGCUGGACGCCGCCGAGCCGGCCCCGGGCACCCCUGGCCUGAGCAACGGCCCCCCCUGCCCCCAGGGGGGCGGCGAGGAGCCCAGUGGGGCCCAGUCCGAAGGAGGGGGCAGCAGCAGCAGCGGCACCGGCUCCCCGGGGCCGCCCGGGACCCUGCGGCUGGCACAGCCCCCGCAGCGAGCGGAUGCGCCCUGGAAAAAUUCCUCCUCUUCCUCCUCGACUCCCUCAGAGCGGCCCCGCCAGAAACUCUCCCGGAAGGCGGCUUCCUCGGCUAACCUGCUGCUGAGGUCGGGGAGCACUGAGAGCCGUGGAGGGAAAGACCCCAUCUCCAGUCCCGGGGGUCCUGGGUCUCGGAGGAGCAAUUACAACUUGGAAGGCAUCUCUGUAAAGAUGUUCCUUCGCGGCCGCCCCAUUACCAUGUAUAUCCCGUCUGGCAUCCGCAGCCUCGAGGAGCUGCCCAGCGGCCCCCCGCCGGAGACCCUCAGCUUGGACUGGGUUUAUGGCUACCGGGGGCGCGACUCCCGUUCCAACCUCUUCGUGCUGCGCUCCGGAGAGGUGGUCUAUUUCAUCGCCUGCGUAGUGGUGCUGUACCGGCCCGGGGGAGGCCCCGGGGGUCCUGGAGGCGGGGGCCAGAGACACUACCGGGGCCACACGGACUGUGUUCGCUGCCUGGCUGUGCACCCCGAUGGCGUUCGUGUAGCCUCGGGACAGACGGCCGGAGUGGACAAGGACGGGAAGCCGCUGCAGCCCGUGGUGCACGUGUGGGAUUCCGAGACGCUGCUGAAGCUGCAGGAGAUCGGGCUGGGCGCCUUCGAGCGGGGCGUGGGGGCCCUGGCCUUCUCGGUCGCGGAUCAGGGUGCUUUUCUCUGCGUGGUGGAUGACUCCAACGAGCACAUGCUAUCCGUGUGGGACUGUGGCCGGGGCACGAAGCUGGCCGAGAUCAAGAGCACAAACGACUCAGUCCUGGCUGUUGGCUUCAACCCCCGGGACAGCAGCUGCAUUGUCACCAGUGGCAAGUCCCACGUGCACUUCUGGAACUGGAGCUGUGGCGCGGGGGUUCCCGGCAACGGGACUCUCACCCGGAAACAGGGUGUCUUUGGGAAAUACAAGAAGCCCAAGUUUAUCCCUUGCUUUGUGUUCCUCCUGGACGGAAGCAUUCUCACUGGGGACUCAGAGGGGAACAUUCUCACCUGGGGACGGAGCCCUUCAGACACCCGGACUCCAGGCCGAGGGGGGGCCAAAGAGACCUACGGGAUCGUGGCCCAGGCACAUGCGCACGAAGGUUCCAUCUUUGCCCUGUGUCUCCGGCGGGACGGGACGGUGCUGAGUGGUGGCGGGCGGGACCGUCGGCUGGUCCAGUGGGGACCCUCCCAGCCGGGGCCCAGCUUGGUGGCUCUCCAAGAGGCUGAGAUUCCUGAACACUUUGGGGCCGUGCGGGCCAUUGCCGAGGGGCUCGGCUCGGAGCUGCUGGUGGGGACCACCAAGAACGCAUUACUCAGGGGGGACCUGGCCCAGGGCUUCUCCCCUGUCAUCCAGGGCCACACAGACGAGCUGUGGGGGCUGUGCACACACCCCUUCCGGAACUGUUUUCUCACCUGCGGCCACGACCGGCAGCUCUGCCUGUGGGACGGGGAGGGCCACGCGCUGGCCUGGAGCAUCGACCUCAAGGAGACUGGGCUCUGCGCUGACUUCCACCCCAGUGGGGCCGUGGUGGCCGUAGGACUGAGCACGGGGAGGUGGCUGGUGUUAGACACGGAGACCAGAGAGAUCGUGUCCGACAUCACAGAUGGCAAUGAGCAGCUCUCAGUGGUCCGGUACAGCCCAGAUGGGCUGUACCUGGCCAUCGGUUCCCACGACAACAUGAUCUACAUCUAUAGUGUUUCCAGCGACGGGGCCAAGUCCAGCCGCUUUGGCCGCUGUGUGGGUCACUCCAGCUUCAUCACUCACCUUGACUGGUCCAAGGAUGGGAACUACAUCAUGUCCAACUCCGGGGACUAUGAGAUCCUUUACUGGGAUGUGACGGGCGGCUGCAGGCUGCUGCGCAAUCGCUAUGAGAGCCGCGACCGGGAGUGGGCCACCUACACCUGCGUGCUGGGCUUCCACGUGUACGGCGUGUGGCCUGACGGCUCGGACGGCACCGACAUCAACUCCCUGUGCCGCUCGCACAACGAGCGCGUGGUGGCCGUGGCCGACGACUUCUGCAAGGUGCAUCUCUUCCAGUACCCCUGCGCGCGCGCCAAGGCACCGAGCCUCGUGUACGGGGGCCACGGCAGCCAUGUGACCAGCGUCCGCUUCACGCACGACGACUCGCACCUCGUCUCGCUGGGCGGCAAGGACGCCAGCAUCUUCCAGUGGCGAGUGCUGGGCGCUGGCGGCGCGGGGCCGCCGCCCACCACGCCCUCUCGAACCCCGUCCCUGUCCCCCGCCUCCUCGCUGGACGUCUGACCGCGCGGCCCGACGGGCGGGGCGCACCGGCCGGCCCCUGGGACUCCUUUCCCCGACUUCGAGACAUUCCUGAUCGCGCAUUCCCCUGGAGGGGGCGGGCACCCCAGCACACACUGUACAGACCCGCGGGCUGAGCCGGGCGGCCGGGUCCCGGGCCUUGACUCCUGCUGCCAGCCCCGAGGGGCAAUAAAGCCAAAGCAGAGA